GGAAGGGCUAUAGUUUAUUGAAUAUAAAAAAAAGGGAUAUAGUUUAUUGGCUAUAAAUUGGUUCUUCCACUGAGGAACAUGGACUCAAGGCUAGCUCCAGCGUUGUGUUUUGACUCUGGUUUCUGUUUGAGCUCAAAAAGGAGAAAAUGGCCGUGGGAGGUUUCGCCGUUGACGGACCCGGGAGCAGCUUCAAAGGCAAGAUAACAGUGUCUGUGGUAAUCACGUGCAUCGUUGCUGCCUCCAGUGGCCUGAUAUUUGGAUAUGACAUCGGAAUUUCAGGAGGCGUAACAACAAUGGUACCAUUUCUUCACAAAUUCUUCCCGUCAGUACUGAGAAAGGCAGCAGAGGCCAAAACAAACAUGUAUUGCGUGUUUGAUAGCCAGCUUUUAACAUCAUUCACAUCAUCACUAUACAUAGCAGGGUUAGCAGCGUCACUCGUAGCUAGCCGAGUCACAGCAGCAAUUGGCCGCAAAAAUACCAUCGUCAUAGGUGGCUGCACCUUUCUUGCAGGCGCUGCCAUCAACGGUGGGGCGGCCAAUAUUGCCAUGCUCAUCCUCGGACGUAUCUUGCUCGGCUUCGGCGUUGGUUUCACUAACCAGGCAACUCCCGUGUACCUCUCGGAGGUGGCACCGCCCAAAUGGCGAGGUGCAUUCAAUACAGGCUUUCAAUUCUUCAUAGCAAUCGGGGUGGUUGCAGCCAAUUGCAUAAACUACGGCACCGCUAAGCACACCUGGGGCUGGCGCCUCUCCCUCGGCCUUGCCAUUGUACCCGCCAUUAUAAUGACGACGGGUGCACUUCUUAUAUCGGACACGCCUAGUAGCCUAGUGGAGCGCGGCAAGCUGGAGCAAGCUAAGAAAUCCCUUCUCAAAAUCAGAGGUUCAGACGCCGACGUGGAAGACGAGUUGGCCGAGCUGAAGAGGUCGAGUGAAGUUGCUAAAGCCGCUCAUAGGGAGCCGUUCGUGACCAUAUUCGAGAGGCAAUACCGGCCUCACCUUGUGAUGGCAAUUGCCAUACCAUUUUUUCAGCAGCUCACAGGAAUUAAUGUAAUUGCGUUCUACGCGCCGGUUCUUUUCCAAUCGGUGGGCUUUGGUAAUGACUCUGCCUUAAUAGCUGCCAUUAUACUAGGAUUGGUCAACUUGGGUUCUAUCCUCGUCUCCACAUUCGUCGUUGAUCGCUAUGGUCGAAAAUUUCUGUUCAUGGAGGGUGGGAUUCAAAUGUUCAUUUGCCAGGUGGCGGUGGCUUGCGUGCUAGCAGCCACAACGGGUGUCUCUGGCACCAAGCACAUCUCAAAGGGCUACGCUGUGUUAGUACUCGUGCUAAUGUGCACCUAUGCUGCCGGUUUCGGCUGGUCAUGGGGCCCUCUAAGCUGGCUGAUUCCAAGUGAAAUAUUUCCUAUGAAAAUCCGGCCCACAGGCCAAAGCAUAAGUGUUGCCGUGAACUUCGCAACCACGUUUGUGCUAUCUCAAACCUUUCUAUCCAUGCUAUGCCACUUCAAAUUCGGCACUUUCCUGUUCUAUGCCGGCUGGAUCGCGGUUAUGACCAUUUUUGUUGCACUUUUCUUGCCGGAGACAAAAGGAAUCCCUUUGGACUCGAUGGAUGCGGUGUGGGAGCGGCAUUGGUAUUGGCGCCGGUUUGUCCGGGGGCAGCCGGAGCAUUGAUUUGGCGUUAGAGGAAUGCUUAUCCGUACAUGUACACCAUUGUUGGCAACAAUACAAUGUUGGGUUUUUUUUUACAAAUAUUAUAUCUUUAGGCUUUCUCGUACGUGUUUUUUUUAGUUUCAAUUUGAACAAUUAAUUAACUCCAUUGCAAUUUAUAACAUUGAUAUUUUUUU